GUGAGAGGGAAGGUUGGUGUCCCAGCAUCUUAGGAGAGAAACAGCAAGGAAGUGCUUAGGGUAAAGAAACCAGGGCAAGUACCAGCAAAUUUGGCCUCUAGUACUUUCUCCCAUUUCCUCAUGCCUCAGCUUCUCCAUCUGUAAAAUGGGAGUCUGGGGUGAGAGGAUGGAUGAGUAACUGGCACAAACAGAGGGCAAAUUUUCCAUCUAGAACUGUUUCUUUUCACGGGGCUUCUGCCUGUGGGUGGAUCAUGGCAGUGAUAACAACAGUCUUGGUCUUGGUUCUGGCCCUCAACUCAGUGUCGACAACGGCUAAGGAGCACAAAGGCUUUUGGGAAUACUUCAGCCAGAGAGGCUGGGAGAAGGGCCCGACAGAGCAGAGGGAGCAGCCGAAGCCCAGCAAGGAGUUCCUGAAUCUGAAAGCCAGCCCGGGACAGGACCUCAGUGACAUGGACACUCUCUUGGAGAAGCUGGGGCCCUUGGCUGGGGAGGGAAAGCCUCCCUUGCUGUUCCUGGAUUCAGCAGAGCUGCAGCACCAGCUCCACAAGGAACUGGAGGAGGUGAGGAGGGGGCUGGCCCCCUACACGCAGGAGGUCCAUCAGCACGUGGGCUGGAACCUGGAGGGGCUGAGGAGGCAGCUCAAGCCCUACACCCUGGAGCUGGUGGAGCGUCUGGCCCUGGGGGUCCAGGAGCUGCAGGAGCAGCUGAAGCUGCUUGGGGAGGACACCAAGAACCAGCUGCUGGGGGGGGUGAACGAGGCCCGGGGCCUGCUCCAGGAAUUUCAGGACCAAGUAGCCCACCACACAGGGAGGGUCAAAGCGCUGUUCCACCCCUAUGCCGAGAGGCUGGUGGCAGAAAUCGGGCAGCAUGUUCAGGAGCUACACCGCAGCGUGGCCCCCCACGCAGCCACCAGCCCGGCCCGCCUCAGCCGCUACAUCCAGGCUCUGUCCAGAAAGCUGACCCUCAAAGCCCGGGCCCUACACACCCGCAUCCAGACCAACCUGGACCAGCUGCGGGACGAGCUCAGCGCCUACGCCGGGGCCAGAGCGGGCGAGGCUGCGGGCGGCGGCGGGCCGGAGGCCGGGCUGUCCUCCGAGGAGCUGACCAAGGAGGUCCAGCAGAGGCUGGAGGCCUUUCGCCUUGACACCCUUCAGGAGAUUGCCGAUUUCUCUAGGACCAUUGACCGUGAAACAGAGGAACUGCAACAGCAGCUGGCUCCCCCUCCCCCUGCCCACGGUGCCUCCCCUCCAGAGCUUCUGGGGGAUAGUGGGGACAGGAAGAUCUUAGGAGAGCUAAGAUCCCGCCUCGAUGCCCUUUGGGAAGACAUUCAUUAUAAUCUCCAAGGACAGGGCCAUGGCCUGUUUGGGGCUCCCUGAAGACCUUCCUCAGGCCCGGGACUUUUUGCCCCAUAGCUUCCUCCAGCAAUCCCUUUGUCGGGACCAAAGGUGGCUGACUGUAAGCAAGACACAGACAUAUCCCGGUGUCUGAGGCUGUGCCUUCGGACUAGAAGAUGGCCUUCCCCUCCGGGCUCAGAACCCUUUCCUUCAGCCCUCUUGUGCAGAUAUAUUUCAGUUUCCCGGCUUUGCAAAUCCCGGUUCUCCAUCUCCCCAUUUAUGCAUCAGGAGUGACGACUCCGCCAAGGGAGCAGAGCUGCAAAGGCUUCGGGAAGGUUUCUGCUUAGCUGCGAGCUUGCUUGCUAAGCCUCUGGCAGAUGGAGUUACUUAAGUGGGAUCAUCUUGGAUCAGAGCACUUGCCUACAGCCAGCUUCUGACCACUGCUGGUCCACAGGGCUGACUUGCUGCCUUUAAUGAAAGUAGCUGCUGUAUGGGGAAUCAAAGGGAGAAGAGUGUGUGUAUGUCUAUAUAUGUGUAUGUAUAUGAGCCUUGUUGGAUUUGAAGCUGAUCAACACGGACCUUGUUUCUGCCCAGAAAAGGGCCCCAAAUAUGUCAAAAACACCUGAAGCUGGACUUCUGUUCUAUCAUUUAGUCCCUGCUAGGCUGCCUGGAACUAGCUAAACUUUAUGGUUACACAUGUGUGCCUUCCUCAUGAUUUAGUUUGUUUUUUCAUAUUGUGAGUUUUAUUAAUAUAUGAAUGCACUGAAAUCAUCAUUGUUUCCUCUCUUCUCAACUCAUCCCCUCUCAGGAACAUAAAUUUAGCAUGGAAAAGAUAUUAGAAAUAACAGUACAACUCCCUUGUUUUACAGACAAGGCAACUGAGGCCUAGAGAAUUGUAAUGAGCUUUGGCAAUGUAUGGUUAGUAUGUAGUAAAGCAGGGAGUCGGAGCUACAUCCAGUGCUCUUAUCACAGUCCCAUAGUACUUUUCUUGCUUUCCCCAGAGUCCCUUCUAUGUCAGAGUGGUUUGACAUAGCCUGGAAAAACCACUCAGGGUACUCAGUCUUGACUGAAACCAUCUCUUUUCUUCCUACUGUUUAUUGUGUUUAUUUUCAAUAAAAUCCUAUUAGUGAAUGAAAAAAA